CCCGGCAUGCCGUGCGCCCAGAUGCCCCUCAGCAGCCGUUUCCGCGCCUCAUUUGAACCGGGGCGAGAUGGAGAGCGAGGGGGAGAGCGCCCGAGGAGGCUUCAAGAAGGAGACUGUGAACAAACUGCUCCAUCUCUACUUCAAAGAUGACAAAACACGAGUUAGUGGUGAUGCUCUCUUGCUGAUGGUAGAAAUGCUUAAAGUAUUUGUUCGAGCCCUCUCUUUUGCUUUGAAUUCUUUGGAUCCAUGUGUUACAGAGGCAGCAGCACGAGGCGCACGGCAAGCUGAAACGGAGGAUCUGACCAAGGUGGAUGUGGAGCAUGUGGAAAAAGUGCUGCCACAGCUGCUUCUGGACUUCUAGAAAACUGAUGAUGCAAAUCUUGCAUUCCUGCUAGCUUGGAUUGACUCCUGGCACGAAGUGGGCUACACACUUCCACAUGGAAUCUGUUCCAGAGUGACUAUGCUUACUGGAAUGAUAGUCCUUCGUGCUCCUGUCUACUUAAUGACCAUUCUUUUCACCUAGGUGCCUGCUUGCUAUCUGAUGUCAAAUGGGCUGGAUUUUUUUUAUGAUCAAAGUGCCGAAGCAAAUGGCUCUGAGCCACUUGAGAAUGAGACCUAUCCUGCUGCUUCUCAUUCACUGCAAGGCAGAGCCUCCACUUUUCCGAUGGGAGAAACAGGUGCCUUCCUGUAGAGAUGUGUGGAAAGAGUGAGUUUGCCUGGAAGCAUUCCCUGCCCUGUAGGCUCUCAUCACCUCGCAGGCUUUUAAAAGGAUAAUUUCAGGCCCUGUCUGCCGUCUGAGCUCUUAAACAGGAGCCGAGGCCCGAGUCUGUGCCAGCAGCAGGUACCUGAUCUUUAUUUUAUAAAUAAACAGUGCCUGUCCCUCAACCUUUCCAGCAUUCCACUGGGGCCAUGACAUCAAAGAGAGCUUGGAACCUUUUAACCAUUUGAUAUUCCCUUCAGAAGCUGCUUUCCUCUGCUAUAAAUUUGUUCUCACAAAGAAACUUCAAUAAAUCAAAAAUAGUUUCCCUCCC